AAGUGCAAUUUUGAAAACCUUUUUUCAACCUUGAAACGUCAGUAUUAUCACAUAGAAUGACGGUUACUUUGCUGAAUGACACCACUUUUAAUACAAUUUCAAGUAAGCACAUUGUGAUUUGUAGUUAUGCAAGUAUGUGUGGCAUGAAAAAAUAGAAUGAACCCUUUAAGAUGCCUGCGCUCGCAUGACCUGUGGCCUCACAUAAGCAUGUCAUUGGGGCUUGCUGUUGCGUGAAAAUACAGAGCUCCCUGCGAGCCUACAUUAAGGGAACACUAAUAAGAGUUGUCACUCUCCUCUGUUUGACCAGCAUUUAUUUUUCCUGAGUGAGGGCUUUCAGGUAGCCCCUCAUGCAGGUACCCCUCAGACAGCUUCUGCCAAUCAUGGGCUGCCACUGGACCGAGUCAGGCUACAUUACUCAAAGGGAUGUAGCUCUUGGUCCAUAAGGAAAGGUCUGGUGGUGUAUCCUACACUAUACUUUUCUAAUUAUAAAUAUCUCCUGAAUAAUAGGAAACCCAACGAUAAAUUAACAAUAUAGAUUGUAUUUUGUGGUAUGCAAAGACAUAUUUUAUUCCUCUGUAUCACAGAGCUUAAAUGUUUUUCAAAUACUAUUAAAAACAAAUUAGUUAGCCACAUUGUUGCACUGGGUGACAUGUUCCUUCAUUACCAAAAGCAUGGUUCCUGUAGUUUUGUUUUAUGAUCAAACAAUCCUGCAUAGAUACACUGUCCUGCUAAAGUACUAUGCCUGCAGCGGCACCCCCCAACAAAUGCCCCUCUGAUUGAAUAAUAAUGUUUUAUGAGCUUGUGUUUGCAAGUAGGUGCAGGGAGGGCCCAAAAAUGUUUUGAAGUAGCUGCAACACAAAAACUUGGGGUAGCCACCAAAAGGGUCAGGGCCCCAUGGGAGCCCCACUGAGAAUAUGAAGCAAAUUUUUGUAUGUUGUUGAAUAGUUUAAUCCACAUGCAACGGUGCGUUGUAUUUCACAAGAUCAUUUUUCUAAGAUCAUCGCAUGUUUUGUCCCUGUUCUCCCUCUACCUCUUAAAAACACAUUUUUGUACAUCGUUUUGAGAUGAUUUAUCUUUGCUUUUCUUGAGUUCUUCACCCUAUACAGUUAUAACAAGUUCACCACAGAAAUUGAAAUACGAACAUAAUGUUGUUGUUUUUUUCCUAAUCAAAUGUUGCUCUUUAAGACCAUACAGAGGAGGAUGUGUGUCUGCCAAUCGAUGUUGCGGAGACGGGAUUAAGAAUCUCUGCCUGGGAAGCAAAACUGAGGGCAGCAAACGCCUCUGGACCACGAAUGAAUGCUGCUAGCAAAUAUGGGGACAGAAAGCUAACUCGGCUGACUGUCUGCUAAAGAGAAUUAUAACAGUUGUCUGAGAAUAUUUUAAUACUGUGGGACGACAUGCUGUAAGAGGUCGGUGUCCUCCACGACCAGCAAGUAUGUUGCCCUCAGCCAGCACCUGGGUCCGGUCUGCUGUCAGACUGCUGCCCCGGAGUAACUGGAGUCGAGGAUGUGUGCGUUGCCCGUGCAGAAACAUUUCUGUAAAACCAGGAAGUUUGAAACCGAAGACAGUGCCAACUCGGUACUUGGGCCAGCCCAGCCCAUUCACCCAUCCACACCUCAUCAAACAUGGUGAGGUGACUCCAGGCUUGAGCCAGACAGAAUACGAGCUCCGCAGACACAGGCUUGCUUCACUUAUCGAGGCACAGGCAGACAGACUGGGACCCUCUGUCUCCUCCAGCACCCAUGUGGUCAUUGUUUUGUCUCAUCCGACCCGCUAUAUGACCAAUGACAUCCCCUAUCCCUUCCAUCAGAACCAGGAUUUCCUCUACCUCAGUGGCAUCCUAGAGCCUGACAGUGCCUUGGUCCUUUAUGGGAAAGGGCGACCAGACCAGGCCAUCUUGUUUGUCCCCCGUAGAGACCCAGGGAGAGAGCUGUGGGACGGGCCCCGGUCAGGGAAGGACGGGGCGGCAGCUUUGACUGGCAUCGAGAGAGUUCAUGGCACCGAAGAACUGGGUGUCGUGCUAAAGAGCCUUAAAGGCACUACGCUGUGGUACGAUAGUUCGCAGCCCACCCACCCUCGCCUCCACCAGAGUCACGUGGGUCCUGUGCUAGAGAUGGGGUCGACGCCGCGAUCUCUCAGGCCCCUCAUACACUCUCUCAGGGCUGUCAAGAGCUCAGCUGAGGUGGCGCUCAUGCAAGAAGCAGGUCACAUCAGUGCACAGGCUUUCAGGAGGACGAUGGCUCUGUCUCGAGGAGACGUGGAUGAAGCUGUGCUCUUUGCUAAGUUUGAUUUUGAGAAUCGGAUACAUGGCGCCAACUUCCUGGCCUAUCCCCCUGUCGUUGCUGGAGGGAAUCGAGCCAACACUCUGCACUACAUCAACAACAACCAGAUCAUCAAGGAUGGUGAAAUGGUGCUGCUUGAUGGGGGCUGUGAAUACUUUGGUUAUGUCAGUGAUAUCACUCGAACAUGGCCAGUGAAUGGAAAAUUCAGCCCUGCCCAGGCUGAGCUGUACGAGGCCGUCCUUGAGGUCCAGCGCUCCUGUUUGUCUCUGUGUUCCCCAGGCGUCAGCCUGGAUCAUAUCUACAAUACCAUGCUGGCUCUGUUGGGACGACAGCUCCGGCAGCUAGGUAUUGUCAAGGCCAGUACCAGUGAUGCUGAUAUACUGAAGGCUGCACGGCGGUACUGCCCCCACCAUGUCGGCCAUUACCUGGGCAUGGACGUUCAUGACACUCCUGAGCUGUCCCGCUCACAGCCUCUGCAGCCAGGAAUGGCCAUCACUAUAGAACCAGGGUUAUAUAUCUGCGAGGAAAACGACCAGGUGCCAAAGCGUUUCCGCGGACUGGGCGUCAGGAUUGAGGAUGACGUGGUGAUCCAAGACAAGGGAGGCCCUCUGAUUCUGUCCCGUGACGCACCAAAGACCAUCGCUGAUGUAGAGCAGGCCUGUGCCCAGAGAUAGGACAGAGAGAGACAGACUAGUCACCGAGUGAGCCACGGCAGGGAUGGCAGGCCGUGUGCUGUGCUUUUCAACUGUCUCCAUGGUGAUGACAUCAUCAGACUCAGGGCCCAGGUACAUGAAAGGUGGGAGCACAGUGCAAGAGUCUGUUUUUUAACUUGGCAAGGCCUCAGAAAUAGAGAAGCCUGAUGUUAAAGAUCAUAGAUUUUGUGGGUGCUUUUGUCGUCUGCCUAAAUGUUAAAAGAAACCAGUUGAUAAAUGUGAUUUAGUUGUGUGUUAGGGGGUUACUGUGUAGCUUUGGAGCCUACGCACACAUGCAUUGUAGCUGAUGUAAUACUCCUCAAAAAUGUAACUAUACAUCAGGGCUACAGCCAUACCAUGUGGCGACCCAUCCGGAUCACGCAUGUUAAACCCAUCAUGUGUUGUGCCGUCAGUGGGUGAAAUCCAACCAAGACUAUAGAUGCAAACCUAGGGACAACAGAUAACCACUUGUAUCAAGUAUGUAUUCAACUGAAGACUCAAUGGAUCGAUCCAAUAACCGGUAAACAUUUUCAUUCCUUAAACUUACAGUAUUUUCUCCACAUCAGGUUUUUUUUAGGGUUUUCCCGAACAUGGCACAUCAGCUACAGUGCAAAGCAUCAAAACACUGACUGUUCAACCUGCACUCACUGUACUCUGUGAUUGUCAGAACGGAAUAUAUAUGUCAGAUCAACACACUACCAUUUUAAUGGGCACGUGAUGAAUCUUAAACAGCUGCUCCUGAAAAAAAGGCCACAGAAUGAUGGUAACGAUUACACCAAUGCACUGAAAUAGCUUAAAAAGUGUACAUUGAGGAGUGUUCGUGUGUAGUUGUGUAUAUGUGUGGGAAUGUCUUUUUAAAAGAGAAAAAUGUGAUUUCUAUGUAUUAAAAAGUUCUCAGUAUUCGUUCUUUCAUAACAUAACUUGUGUUGGAUUGACUUGGGCUCAGGUUACUCAUGAUUUACGGCAUGAUGUAAAAAAUGUAUGUAAAUGUAAUGAUGUUUAAAAUAAUAAUGGCUGCAAAUCAUUGACCAACACCAGAGGAAAUAAACGCUUAACGUCAGCGUUAUAUGGACA